GCUGUUUUGGUCCCAGAGAAAACAAAGUGAAAAAUCUCAAUUUAAUCUCAAUCUUUUCGGCCUUUUCGUACGUGCUAACAAUAAUUUCAAGACGGUUGCAACGCCCGCCGUCGUCCUCGUUGGAAAAGUAAGCCGGCUACCAAACGGGCCGGAAAAUGAGUAUAAAAAUCGAUUACGACGCGGCGGAUGGUGCCGGUUCGUCAGCGAAUUCCUCAAUAAUCGGCCCGUUAAACUUUUCCAAAGACCAGACCGCGGAUGAGCCUCCUACGUCGUUGGUCAACGAGCGAGACGUUCCGUGCAUGUUCUGCGACAAAACGUACGAUUUUCAUAGCCGGGAGAAUGGUCCCGACCACUAUCUGGCCCACCUUUACCUAGUCCAUCGGCUCAUCAUCGACGAGGUGAAGGAAAUCGGUUGUCUCGCCAGUUACUGCUACUACUGGAAGGCGAAAUUCCGUGACGAUCCACCGGAAAAGUUCUGCUCGGCCAUGCUCCUGAACCAGCUGCCGGACGGAACGGCGAGCUCGACGAGCGAGAAAUAUUUUCUGCUAAGUGACGUCGAACCGCUGGAUGCCGAGAUCCGGCAGCGGUUGAGGCGGGAGAAACUGGAGCUAGUUCUAACCCGGCAUCAGUUUGAACGCACGGAUCGCAACUUUCACCGGGAUUGUCUUUACUGCCGGGAUUAUCGGUCAGAAACGCGGCCUGAUUUCAUCGCCCACCUGUACACCAAACACUAUCUGCAGCUCGGGAAACCGGAGCAUCUGGUGUUUGUGGACGAGCUGAUCGAGACGGUACAGGAGAAGCUGAACCAGCUCAUCUGUCUGUUCUGCGAGAAGGUGUUCAAAGAUCGGCCCACCCUCAAGGAGCAUAUGCGCAAGAAGGGACACAAGCGCAUCAACCCGGACAAUCACUACUACGAUCGGUUCUUUCUCGUCAACUACCGGCAUAAGCAGAAACCCGCCUACGUACCGAUCGCCGAAAGGAAGCAGGAAAGUAGCGUCUUCGUUUCGGACGCCGAAUCCGACUCGGAUUGGUCAGACUGGAACGGUGAAGAGCAACGCACAACGUGCCUGUUUUGUGCACACCUCGAAGCGGACAUCGCGGUCCUGAAGCAACACAUGGUGCAGAACCACUCGUUUGACUUUGAUCAAUCGGUGGCCGGGCUGAGCUUCUAUCAGCGAGUGAAGGUGGUUAAUUUUGUCCGUCGCCAGAUGCACAUCCACAAGUGCAUCGGCUGUGGUGAGCAGAUGAGUGGUUACGACACUUUAUGUGCCCAUUUGAGCAGUACCGGCCACUGUCGAUUGGAUCGGGAGAGUAGCCCGUGGGAUCAACCGGAAUACUUUUUCCCGACCUACGAAGAUGAUCAGUUUCUGUGCCACCUGGAGGAGGACGAUGGCAACGAAGAUGAGCUGUACGAUUCCUCGGACCAUGAAGGUGCCGUCAUCAUUUCGGAGCCUGUUAAAGCAAGCAUAAAUAUUGAUGCCGAAUCGUUGGCGUUGGAAAGUUUGAACUUACAGGCCCCGUGAUCCAAUAAAACAAAUCCACGGAUAUUCCCUCGUCUUAGUAACGAGCCCGCUUA